AUGGUGCUGACAAAACAGGAGACAGUGCAGCUGCGGUCUGCAUUGCAGGAUGCUGUAGUCAAAUGCUCUGAGAGAUGCUUAUAUCAAGCAGCCAAGUGGGCCGCCGAGCUCCUCAAUGCGAUCCCAGAGUCGGCCUCCGGUAACGAAGGGCAGAGUAAUGCGCCCGGGCAGCCCACGCCAUCACUGUUCACUCGCAAUCCCGACCCAGUCGAGGCCGCCCUCGAGGCUGCGGAAGUCAACAAAUACCUCCUGGCAAAGUCUCUCUUCGACUGCCGCGAAUAUGACCGAUGCGCCGCUGUUUUCCUCCCAGAUUCGCUCUUGGCUGGCAUCAUCUCGACACAGUCCGACGAGGCUGUUGGCCCCUCCGAGAAGGAGACACACUCCUUUCCUACGAUGGUAGAUCAACAGAGAAAGACUGAGCUGCCCGAGAUCAGCCAAAAGAGUCUGUUUCUGGCCCUCUAUGCCAAAGUCAUCUCGGGUGAGAAGAGGAAGGACGAGGACGCGGAGAUGGUGAUGGGACCCCAUGACCUGGGGACGGCUACCAACAGGCAAUUGCGCAUGGUCAGCUCGUAUCUGCAGCAAUGGUUUGCCCAAGUCACCAACGAGGAUGGCGAGGCUGUCGGCAGUCAGGGCUGGCUCGAGUAUCUCUACGGCAUGGUCCUCGCCAAAGAGAAAAACGAGACAGAAGCGAUGGAAUGGCUCAUUCGAAGCGUCCAUCUGUUUCCCAUGAACUGGGGCUGCUGGCAGGAGAUGACAUCUCUCAUAACCAGGAUUGAGGAUCUUAACCGCAUCGCACCUCACCUCCCACAAAACAUCGUGUCCUUCGUCUUCCAUCUUCACACCUCCCUCGAACUCUACCAACAAGGACCCAACCUCGCCAACUCAUUAGAUCAGCUUCUGGCGAUCUUCCCCACUUCCUCGUUCCUCCUCACAUGCAAUGCUCUGCUCGCAUAUCAUAACAAGGAUCUCAUGGCCGCAGAGCAGCACUUUAGCCAAUUGUUAUCUCUUCAUCCUCACCGCCUAGACUCCUUGGAUCAUUAUUCCAACAUACUCUACGUCUUGAACCUGCGGCCGAAGCUCGCCUUCCUGGCACAUCUGUGCGCCAGCGUCGACAAGUUCCGGCCCGAGUCGUGCGUUGUUAUCGGUAACUACUAUUCACUAUGUUCCGCACAUGAGAAGGCCGUGCAGUACUUCCGGCGUGCUCUGACCCUGGACCGCUCGUGUCUGUCAGCAUGGACGCUCAUGGGCCACGAGUAUGUCGAGCUGAAGAACACCCAUGCCGCCAUCGAGUCGUACAGAAGAGCCGUCGAUGUCAAUAGGCGCGACUAUCGUGCCUGGUACGGUCUGGGGCAGACGUACGAGGUACUAGAGAUGCACACGUACGCAUUAUGGUACUACAAGAAGGCGGCUGGACUGCGGCCUUGGGACGGCAAGAUGUGGAUGGCUGUCGGCUCUUGCCUACAGAAGAUGGGCCGCGAGAAGGACGGCAUCAAGGCGCUGAAGCGGGCGCUGCUUGCCGACAGCUACUACGACUCUACCGCCAGCAGUUUCGGAAGUGGCGUGGGCUCGGCGCGCGGUAUCGGGCACAUGGACCCAGAAGUGCUCCUGCAGAUCGCCAACAUGUUUCAUAACCUCGGAGACAUCGAGGAGGCCAAGGCGUACAUGGAGCUCUGCGUGGCGCAGGAGGACGGCGGGGACAGCGGCGGCGGCUUUGGCGACUCGAUCGCCAUACACAACGACUCGCAGGGCGGUGCCGUGUCCGACGACGGCGACGAGGCGGGCGGUGGCGGCAACGAAGGGACGGGCGUCACGGCGGCGACGAGCAAGGCGCGCAUGUGGCUUGCCAAGCACGCGAUGGACGUCGAGGACUACGCCCUCGCGCAUCGCCUCGCGCAGGAGCUGUGCCAGGACGGCGUCGAGGUCGAGGAGGCGAAGGGGCUUAUCCGCUCGGCGCGGGCCCAUAUGGACGAGAGCGAGCUGGGCCGUCACGGAGGCUAG